CCUUUCCCCGCUCGCUCUCUUUCUCGCUCUCCGCCGCAUCGGUACCGAGAAGAGCGUUUCUUAUUUCGUCUUUCCACUCGUGACCAGGUUGUAUUCUUUUGAGUUUUGUGGGCGAGCACCGGUUCUCGGAGCUCGUCCUCUUCUCCCGUCCUAGGGUUUUUGGCCCCGCGGUUCCUCCCGUUCCGGCCGCAGCGGAGGGCGAUUGGAUGGCGUGGGAGGACGAGAUCGUCGGGCCGGACGUGGCAUCCGCUGGCCUCCAUAUCAGCGAGCGCAUCGGCAAGGACGUCGCUGCCCAGCUCGACCUCGACGAGGCCCUCGAAGCCUCCCGCUACGCCAGUCAUCCCUACUCUUCCUUUCCCAAAGAGUGGCCUCCUUUAGUUGAAGUGGUGGAGACUCGGGAGUUACCUUCUCUGCUAAUUGAAAGAUAUAAUGCAUCUGGUGGUGAAGGAACAGCACUGUGUGGAAUAUUUUCUGAGAUUCGAAGAGCUUGGGCAUCAGUUGACAAUUCCCUGUUUCUUUGGCGCUUUGAUAAGUGGGAUGGACAAUGCCCUGAAUAUAGUGCUGAUGAACAAGCUAUUUGUGCUGUUGGGCUUGCUAAAUCGAAGUCUGGAAUUUUUGUUGAAGCUAUCCAAUAUCUCUUAGUGUUAGCAACUCCUGUUGAGUUGAUUCUCGUUGGAGUAUGCUGCACUGUUAGUGGAGAUGGAUCAGAUCCAUAUGCUGAGAUUUCACUACAACCUUUACCUGAGUAUCGAAUACCUUCUGACGGAGUCACCAUGACAUGCAUCACAUGUACAGAUAAAGGUCGUAUAUUUCUGGCUGGCCGUGAUGGACAUGUGUACGAAAUGCAAUAUUCGACUGGCUCUGGUUGGAAUAAGCGUUGUCGGAAGGUUUGUCUCACAACUGGUUUAGGAAGUCUUCUUUCAAGGUGGAUCGUGCCAAAUGCCUUUAAGUUUGGGGCUGUUGAUCCAAUUCUUGACAUGGUUGUGGACAAUGAAAGACAUAUCAUUUAUGCAAGAACAGAAGCUAUGAAAGUACAGGUGUUUGAUCUUGGAGAAAAUGGGGAUGGUCUGCUAACAAAAAUUUCUGAAGAGAAAAAUUUGAUCGAUCCACGUGAGGCACAAUAUGGGGGCAGACGAUCUGUUGGGUCAAGAGCAGUUGCACGAGGUGCAAAACCAACAAUAGUCUGCAUAGCACCUUUGUCUACCAUUGAAUCAAAACGGCUGCACCUAGUUGCUGUUCUAUCAGAUGGCAGGAGACUGUAUCUUUCUACUUCCUCAGGUGGAACUAACUCUUCCAUUGGUGGUUCUUUUCAAAGGCCCUCUUGUUUAAAAGUCAUUGCAACUAGGCCUUCACCUCCCUUAGGUGUUGGUGGUGGCCUUAAUUAUGGUACCAUGUCUGCAUCAGGUAGGGUUCAACCUGAAGAUCUGACAUUAAAGGUGGAAGCAGCAUUUCACUCUGCAGGUAGCCUUGUUCUCUCAGAUUCAUCAGCAUCUGCUAUGUCCUCUCUUCUGAUUGUGAACCAGGAUUCAAGUGUGCAACCAUCUCUUUCUGGUAACUUUGGAAUGACUACGAGAAGCACACGUGCAUUACGAGAAUUGGUAUCAUCUUUACCUAUUGAAGGGAGGAUGCUCACUGCGGCUGAUGUCCUACCCGUGCCAGAUACAGUAGUUACUGUACAAUCUUUGUUCUCAGAUGCAGACGCUUUUGCUGGGUUGGGUGAAGCAUCUGAAAAGCCAUCUGGAAAGCAUUGGGCUAGAGGGGAUCUUCCAACCCAACAUAUCCUACCAAGGAGGAGGGUUGUGGUAUUCAGUACCAUGGGUCUGAUGGAGGUAGCUUUUAACAGGCCAGUGGACAUUCUUAGAAAGUUAAUUGAGUCAAAUGCUUCACGAUCUCAAAUUGAAGAUCUUUUUAAUCGGUUUGGAAUUGGAGAGGCUGCAGCAAUGUGUUUAAUGCUGGCAGCAAAGUUAGUAUAUGAUGCAGGAAAUCUUAGCAAUACAGUCUCUGAGAAAGCAGCUGAAGCCUUUGAGGAUCCUCGGUUGGUUGGAAUGCCACAAAUUGAUGGUAGUACUGGUUUGACAAGUGCUAGGUCUCCAUCUGGAGGCUUUAGCAUGGGGCAAGUUGUUCAGGAGGCUGAACCUGUAUUUUCUGGUGCAUAUGAAGGACUUUGCUUAUGCUCAUCUAGGUUGCUCUUUCCUAUUUGGGAAUUACCUGUCAUGGUAGUCCAUGGGAACGUUGGUCGUUUUGAAGAAGGGGUCAUUCUUUGCAGGCUUUCAGUUGACACGAUGAAGAUUCUUGAAAGUAAAAUUCGUUCUUUGGAGCAAUUUUUAAGGUCCAGAAGAAACAAGAGAAGGGGACUUUACGGAUAUGUUGCUGGUUUGGGAGAUCAUUAUGGUUCUAUUUUAUAUGGAACUGGUAAUCAAGAUACAGGUAGAAAUUUGUUUGGGAGACAAACUAGAAAUGCUGAUGCAGGAGAUGGUGGUGCAGGAAGUAAGAGGCAGCGACUUGUAUACACUUCAGCAGAACUAGCUGCCAUGGAGGUGAGAGCAAUGGAAUGUCUGAGGCGAUUGUUGAGGAGAUCCAGUGAAGCGCUUUUCUUACUUCAACUUAUUUGUCAUCACAAUGUUACUCGCUUAGUCCAGGGUUUAGAUAACAGUUUACGUCAGAAAUUCAUACAGUUGACAUUCAAUCAGUUGGUUUGUUCAGAGGAAGGUGACCUGCUCGCAAUUCGACUUAUCACUGGACUUGUGGAGUACUAUAUUGGUCCAGAUGGCAAAGGCACAGUUGAUGAGAUCAGUGAGAAACUAAGGGAGGGUUGUCCAAGUUACUACAAUGAGUCCGACUACAAAUAUUUCCUAGCAGUAGAGUGUCUUGAGAAAGCUUCUGUCACUGUAAAUGCACAUGAAAGGGAAAUUUUAUCUAGAGACGCUUUCAACCUCUUGACAAAAGUUCCAGAAUCUGCAGAUUUAAGUACUAUAUGCAAAAGAUUUGAAGACUUAAGAUUUUAUGAAGCUGUAGUACGACUACCUCUGCAAAAAGCUCAAGCUCUUGAUGCCCAGGGUGAUGCAGUCAACGUGAACAUUGAUCCAGGACAGCGUGAUAAUACACUUGCUCUUCGAGAACAGUGCUAUGAAAUAAUAAUGGAUGCCCUUCGGUCUCUGAAGGGUGUUGGGCAAAAUGGAAAACCUAGAGAAUUUGGCACUUCUCGACUUUCUACUGUGCCUUCUCUUGAUCAGGCUUCUCGGGAUAAUUACAUACAACAGAUAAUUCAGCUCAGUGUCCAAUGGCCUGAUGCAUCCUUUCAUGAGCAUUUGUACAGGACACUGAUUGACAUAGGCCUUGAAAACAAGUUGUUAGAGUAUGGAGGUUCCGAUUUGGUCCCCUUUUUGCAGACUGCUGGCCGUAAGCCGUUCCAGGAGGUUCAUGCUGUCAAUGUGGUAAAUUCAACAGCUCUUCAAGGAAGUGAUAUGAGGGCACCUAUUGUUUCUGGUCAGGCGAAAUAUCUUGACCUUUUAGCCAGGUACCAUGUCCUGAAGCGACAGCAUCUACUUGCCGCUCAUGUGCUGUAUAGGUUGGCAGAAAGGCCAUGCACUGACACUGAGGAGGCUCCUACUUUGCAUCAGAGACUUCAAUAUCUUAGCAAUGCAAUUAUUCAGGCGAAAAGUGCGAGCAGCACUACAGGUUCAAUUAGUUUAAGCAGAAAUACUGUUGAUGAUAGCUUACUUGACAUGCUUGAAGCAAAGCUUGUUGUUCUUCAAUUCCAAAUCAAAAUUAAAGAGCAGCUGGAGUUGAUAGCAUCAACUUUAGAAAACAUGUCAGGUGGCAAUGAGUCACUUCCAAAUGAUUUUUCUCCUAGGAGCAACCUGGUUGUUGAAGAUGAAAUUGCAAGGAGUGCUCAGGAGAAGGCUAAAGAGUUAUCACUGGAAUUGAAGAGCAUUACUCAGCUAUACAAUGAUUAUGCUGUUCCAUUUAAGCUUUGGGAGGUAUGCCUGGAAAUGCUCAACUUUGCAAAUUAUUCUGGAGAUGCUGACAGUAAAAUUAUUCGGGAGACCUGGGCCAGGCUUCUUGAUCAAGCUCUUUCUAGAGGUGGAGUUGCAGAAGCUUGUUCUGUGGUGAAGAGGGUUGGAUCAAAUCUUUGUCCUGGAGAUGGGGCUUGCUUCCCUUUAGAGACUAUAUGUCUUCAUCUUGAGAAAGCUGCUUUGGAACGUUUGACCUCAGGAAUUGAGUUAGUUGGAGAUGAGGAUGUUGCUAGGGCACUUUUUGCAGCUUGUAAGGGUUCAGCUGAGCCUGUAUUAUGCUCAUAUGACCAACUGUUAAAUGGAGCUAUUUUACUCUCAUCGAACCUGAAACUACGUCUUCUAAGGUCUGUUCUAGUAGUUCUCCGUGAGUGGGCAAUGUCUGUACUUGCACAUAAAUUGGGUACUACAGCUGUUGGGGCUUCUUUCAUUCUUGGUGGAGCAUCAUCACGGGAACAGACAGCAGCCAUCGGUCAAGGAGUUUGGGAUAAGAUAAGUAGUUUGGCAAACAGCAGGUACAUGACUGAGGUGCGACGCCUGUCACUUCCACAAAACCAAAUUGAGCCCGUCUACAGGGGCUUCCGAGAACUCGAAGAACAAAUACAGGCGUCUACCGCCUUUCAACAACUAUAGUUCCUGAUAAGACUUAUAUUAGUUGUUGUCUUCGGUGUACCCUUUUACCCAUAUUAUCUUGAAUCACAUUGGAUUAAACACAUUUCACCCUUUCUUGUAUUUGUAUGGGAACGUCAAUCUGCCUCGUCGGUUCUGUCAUUUACAUGUAUCUGUCGAGGUAAGUCUUAAUUGUCACAGCUGUAGCUUCACAGGCACAAAGUUGAUGUAGCUCUUCGUUCCAGUUUGGUGAUAUUAUUCUGUAUCUUUUUUCCCA